GACGAUGAGCAUGCUCUGAUCCUGCAGUACUGCCAGACCCUUGGGGGGGAGGGAUCUCCCUGCAGCCAGCCGCAGAGCCCCGCCCAGAUCCUACAGGCUGUGGAGAGGGAGGAGCGUGGAGAGCUGGAGCGAAUCAUCCAGCGCCUGGAGGACGAGCAGAAGUACGCGAUAGGUCAACGGAGUAGUCUGUCAAAUGUCAGCACUACUGUGUUCCGCCCUCUUACUAAAAGUGAUGCUCAGCACACACACACACACACACACACUCACCUCAGGCUGUCUCACUCAGCUCUUGCUCCUCCCCCCUCAUCUCUCUCUCCCUCUCCCUCUUUGAUUGGUGGAUAGAGGUAGUGUAAGGACAACGGUGACUGUGCACUCACUCUAUUGUUCUUGGAGCUGCUGUGUUUCUGUCUGAGGCAGUUGCUGUAUCUGAGUGAUUUAGCACUGCUCACAGUCUUCUUUAUGAGCCAGGCUAUAAGCCAGUUAAAGUACCACAGUCAGUCUGGAGGCCACAGCUCUAUACAGUUCUAAACAGACAGAGAUGAACACAGGGCCAGGACCUCUCUGUACAGUGGCUUUACAUAGGAUUGUACUGAGAGAGAGGGGGGGGGGCAGGAAGAUUUUAGUAGUGCUGUUGGGUUCAUCAUAUUAUAUGUGCGGAGCGAUUGUGUGGUGAGCCGUGUGUGUGUCUGACUUCUGCAUCUCCCUAACCCCAUCUCUGUGUGACUCCCCCAGGACCCUGAAAAGGGAGUAUGAACAGCUGAAGGAGCAGCACGGGGGCCAGAGGGGGCCUGGGUCUGUGGGGCAUUGGGACCCUGAGGGGUCCUCUCACCCCGGUGGUCCUGGCGAGGCUGACCUGCUGGCUGAGGCCAAACUGCUGCGCCAGCACAAGAGCCGUCUGGAGGACCGCAUGCACAAACUGGAGGAGCACAACAAGCAGCUGGAGUCCCAGCUCCACCGGCUCAGACAGCUACUGCACCAGGUGGGCAACACAUAGAGAGACACGUACAGUAUACACACACACACAUGCUCACACUCAGUGGUGUAAAGUACUUAAGUAAAAAUACUUUAAAGUACUACUUAAGUAAUUUUUGGGGGUACCUGUACUUUACUUUACUAUUUAUAUUUUUGACUACUUUUACUUUUUUUUUUAACCUUUAUUUAACCAGGUAAGCCAGUUGAGAACAAGUUCUCAUUUACAACUGCGACCUGGCCAAGAUAAAGCAAAGCAGUGCGGUAAAAACAACAACAACACAGAGUUACAUAUGGAAUAAACAAAACGCACAGUCAAUAACACAAUAGAAAAUCUAUAUACAGUGUGUGCAAAUGUAGUAAGUUAUGGAGGUAAGGCAAUAAAUCAAAUCAAAUACAAUUUUAUUGGCCACAUGUGCCGAAUACAACAAGUGCAGACAUUACAGUGAAAUGCUUACUUACAGCCCUUAACCAACAGUGCAUUUAUUUUAAAUAAAAAAGUAGAAUAAAACAACAAAAAAGUGUUGAGAAAAAAAGAGCAGAAGUAAAAUAAAAUAACAGUAGGGAGGCUAUAUACAGUGAGGAGAACAAGUAUUUGAUACACUGCUGAUUUUGCAUGUUUUCCUACUUACAAAGCAUGUAGAGGUCUGUCAUUUUUAUCAUAGGUACACUUCAACUGUGAGAGACGGAAUCUAAAACAAAAAUCCAGAAAAUCACAUUGUAUGAUUUUUAAGUAAUUAAUUUGCAUUUUAUUGAAUAACAUAAGUAUUUGAUACAUCAGAAAAGCAGAACUUAAUAUUUGGUACAGAAACCUUUGUUUGCAAUUACAGAGAUCAUACGUUUCCUGUAGGUCUUGACCAGGUUUGCACACACUGCAGCAGCAGAGAUUUUGGCCCACUCCUCCAUACAGACCUUCUCCAGAUCCUUCAGGUUUCGGGGCUGUCGCUGGGCAAUACGGACUUUCAGCUCCUUCCAAAUAUGUUCUAUUGGGUUCAGGUCUGGAGACUGGCUAGGCCUACUCCAGGACCUUGAGAUGCUUCUUACGGAGCCACUCCUUAGUUGCCCUGGCUGUGUGUUUCGGGUCGUUGUCAUGCUGGAAGACCCAGCCACGACCCAUCUUCAAUGCUCUUACUGAGGGAAGGAGGUUGUUGGCCAAGAUCUCGCGAUACAUGGCCCCAUCCAUCCUCCCCUCAAUACGGUGCAGUCGUCCUGUCCCCUUUGCAGAAAAGCAUCCCCAAAGAAUGAUGUUUCCACCUCCAUGCUUCACGGUUGGAAUGGUGUUCUUGGGGUUGUACUCAUCCUUCUUCUUCCUCCAAACACGGCGAGUGGAGUUUAGACCAAAAAGCUCUAUUUGUGUCUCAUCAGACCACAUGACCUUCUCCCAUUCCUCCUCUGGAUCAUCCAGAUGGUCAUUGGCAAACUUCAGACGGGCCUGGACAUGCGCUGGCUUGAGCAGGGGGACCUUGCGUGCUCUGCAGGAUUUUAAUCCAUGACGGCGUAGUGUGUUACUAAUGGUUUUCUUUGAGACUGUGGUCCCAGCUCUCUUCAGGUCAUUGACCAGGUCCUGCCGUGUAGUUCUGGGCUGAUCCCUCACCUGCCUCAUGAUCAUUGAUGCCCCACGAGGUGAGAUCUUGCAUGGAGCCCCAGACCGAGGGUGAUUGACCGUCAUCUUGAACUUCUUCCAUUUUCUAAUAAUUGCGCCAACAGUUGUUGCCUUCUCACCAAGCUGCUUGCCUAUUGUCCUGUAGCCCAUCCCUGCCUUGUGCAGGUCUACAAUUGUAUCCCUGAUGUCCUUACACAGCUCUCUGGUCUUGGCCAUUGUGGAGAGGUUGGAGUCUGUUUGAUUGAGUGUGUGGACAGGUGUCUUUUAUACAGGUAACGAGUUCAAACAGGUGCAGUUAAUACAGGUAAUGAGUGGAGAACAGGAAUGCUUCUUAAAGAAAAACUAACAGGUCUGUGAGAGCCGGAAUUCUUACUGGUUGGUAGGUGAUCAAAUACUUAUGUCAUGCAAUAAAAUGCAAAUUAAUUAUUAAAAAAUCAUACAAUGUGAUUUUCUGGAUUUUUGUUUUAGAUUCCGUCUCUCACAGUUGAAGUGUACCUAUGAUAAAAAUUACAGACCUCUACAUGCUUUGUAAGUAGGAAAACCUGCAAAAUCGGCAGUGUAUCAAAUACUUGUUCUCCCCACUGUAUACAGUGGGGUACUGGUGUAGAGUCAAUGUGCGGGGGCACCGGCUAGUUGAGGUAGUUGAAGUAAUAUGUACAUGUGGGUAGAGUUAAAGUGACUAUGCAUAAAUAAUUAACAGAGUAGUAGCAGCGUAAAAAGAUGGGGUGGGGUGGCAGUGCAAAUAGUCUGGGUAGCCAUGAUUAGCUGUUCAGGAGUCUUAUGGCUUGGGGGUAGAAGCUGUUGAGAAGUCUUUUGGACCUAGACUUGGCACUCCGGUACCGCUUGCCGUGCGUUAGCAGAGAGAACAGUCUAUGACUAGGGUGGCUGGAGUCUUUGACAAUUUUGAGGGCCUUCCUCUGACACCGCCUGGUAUAGAGGUCCUGGAUGGCAGGAAGCUUGGCCCCAGUGAUGUACUGGGCCGUACGCACUACCCUCUGUAGUGCCUUGCGGUCGGAGGCCAAACAGUUGCCAUACCAGGCGGUGAUGCAACCAGUCAGGAUGCUCUCGAUGGUGCAGCUGUAUAACUUUUUGAGGAUCUGAGGACCCAUGCCAAAUCUUUUCAGUCUCCUGAGGGAGAAUAGGCUUUGUCGUGCCCUCUUCACGACUGUCUUGGGUGUGUUUGGACCAUGAUAGUUCGUUGGUGAUGUGGACACCAAGGAACUUGAAGCUCUCAACCUGUUCCACUACAGCCCCGUCAAUGAGAAUGGGGGCGUGCUCAGUCCUCUUUUUUUUCCUGUAGUCCACAAUCAUCUCCUUUGUCUUGGUCACGUUGAGGGAGAGGUUGUUAUCCUGGCACCACACGGCCAGGUCUCUGACCUCCUCCCUAUAGGCUGUCUCAUCGUUGUCGGUGAUCAGGCCUACCACUGUUGUGUCGUCGGCAAACUUAAUGAUGGUGUUGGAGUCGUGCCUGGCCAUGCAGUCAUGGGUGAACAGGGAGUACAGGAGGGGACUGAGCACGCACCCCUGAGGCCCUCGUGUUGAGGAUCAGUGUGGCAGAUGUGUUGUUACCUACAAUAGGCCAUAGUGCAAAAUAAUUACAAUUAUAAUUUAGUAUUAACACUGGAGUGAUAGAUGUGCAGAAGAUGAUGUGCAAAUAGAGAUACUGGGGUGCAAAUGAGCAAAAUAAAUAACAAUGUAAAUAACAAUAUGGGGAUGAGGUAGUUGGGUGGGCUAAUUACAGAUGGUCUGUGUUCAGGUGCAGUGAUCGGUAAGCUGCUCUGACAACUGAUGCUUAAAGAUACUGAGGGAGAUAAGUGUCUCCAGCUUCAGAGAUUUUUGCAGUUCGUUCGUACUUCACUACAUUUCUAAAGAAAAUAAUGUACUUUUUACUCCAUACAUUUUCCCUGACACCCAAAAGUACUUGUUACAUGUUGAGUGCUUAGCAGGACAGGAAAAUGGUCCAAAUUCACACACUUAUCAAGAGAACACGUGGUCAUCCCUACUGCCUCUGAUCUGGCAGACUCACUAAACACAAAUGCAUCGUUUGUAAAUUAUGUCUGAGUGUUGGAGUGUACCCCUGGCUAUCCAUACAUUUUAAAAACAAAAAAAUGGUGCCAUCUGGUUUGCUUUAUAUAAGGAAUUUGAAAUGAUUCAUACUUUUACUUUUGAUACUUAAGUAUAGUUUAGCAAUUACAUUUAGACUUUUACUCAAGUAGUAUUUAACUGGGUGACUUUCACUUUUACUUGAGUAACUUUCUGUUAAGGUAUCUUUACUUUUACUCAAGUAUGACAAUUGGGUACUUUUUCCACCACUGCUCACACUCCACCUCGGACAGCCAGCCACUGCAACAGAUGUGCUAACACACACACAAACAUGCUUGUUCCACCUGUGGCAUUCAUUUUAUUGCACUGAUCAUGCAACAACAACAACAACAAUUCCUUCUCAGCCCUAGAAAGUGGCCUUGUUUUUAUCAUAACUCAUUCCUGAUCACAGGGAUUUGUGUGCCAUUAAAAUCCUUGGGCGGGCCGCCUAAGCAUUUUUUCGGGACGCCUAACUUUGUUUUUAUGGAAAAAUGCUUUCAUUGUAAACUUAAACGACUAAAACCAGAUAUAAAGUAUGUAGAAAAGAUAAUGGACCAAUAUAUUUUUUUAUAAUCUUUGAGAACUAACAAUCACCAAAAUAAAAGCCCCUUUAUGAUGCAGAAAAAACCCUGUAUCGUGAGUAUUCAUCCCAGGGCUACUAAGCGCUCCCUAUCCAGUAACCCAAUCCAUCUCUGCUCUGUUUAUGCCUCUCCUGAUCACUCAAUAAGUUUGGAUGACUUUUUAGGUGUGUGGAAAAUAAAAGCCAACCAACCAAACGGAGUCAGUCAGAGUUGGUAAACAGCUGGCAGGCAGGUAUUGACUCGGGGCUCUGGAGCUGGAAGCUGUGGUGGAUAAUCAGGAGUCUUAAAGCAGUACUUGUAGUUAAAUCAUAUCCAGGUUUAUUUCCCUGUUCGUUACAACUUUAAAACUUGGGGAAAAUGGAAUGGGAACAAUAAUCAAAAUCCAACUGUUCCUGCCCAUGCCAAACAUUCUUCUCAGUUAGCCACACAGGUGUGUGGAAUCUGCUCAUUAUGAGUGCUGUUGGGUGUGGCCCGCCUGUAGUGGCGCUCUCCACUGCCAUGGUGCUGAACAGUCAGCUCUUUUCUCCCACAGUGGCUAGCGGUAGCAAUCCACGGUCCUGAAAUACUUCGGUGCACUAUUUAUAUAGGCACAUUCUGGGAGCUCACAGGUCAACAUUACAUUUCUUCAUUUAGUUACAACAGAGGCAGAGCAUUAAGCAACCUCCGCCUGGGGGAAGAUAACGUGACUCGGCUGAUUCUUAGGGGAUAAAGGCCUCAUUUAAACUUUGCAAGACACACACACACACACACCACUUCCUCUAGAGCCCAGAGUCCUGAGGUAGCCAGAUCCUGACUUCAUGAUGGGAGAAACAAAUCCAAUUUACAGGGAUCAAUGAGAAUGACUAAUCCUACAAACGUGCUCUGACAUUCACAGAAUAGAUUUUCAUAUUUUCAGCCCAGCAUUGUCAGUUUAUGGCCAAACAAAUGUGUUGUCUAUAUUUAUCACAACAAGAACAUCAACAGUUUUACAAUAUUACAACUUAGUGUAGUUGUAUUGAAGGGACUUUUCUUAACUCCGAAUCAAUUGCAAUCAAAUCAAAUCAAAUUGUAUUUGCCACAUGCACCGAAUACAACAGGUGAAAUGCUUACUUAUAAGCCCUUAACCAACAAUGCAGUUUUAAGAAAAAUAAGAGUUAAUAAAAUAUUUACUAAAUAAAGUUUUAAAAAAGUAACACAAUAAAAUAACAAUAACGCAGCUAUACACAGGGGGUACCGGUACCGAGUCAAUGUGCGGGGGUACAGUUUAGCCGAGGUAAUUGAGGUAAUAUGUACAUGUACACUACCGUUCAAAGGUUUGGGGUCACUUAGACAUUUCCUUGUUUUCGAAAGAAAAGCAAUUUUCUUGUCCAUUAAAAUAACAUAAAAUUGAUCAGAAAUACAGUGUAGACCUUGUUAAUGUUGUAAAUGGCUAUUGUAGCUGGAAACGGCUGAUUUUUUUAUGGAAUAUCUACAUAGGCGUACAGAGGCCCAUUAUCAGCAACCAUCAGUCCUGUGUUCCAAUGGCACGUUGUGUUUGCUAAUCCAAGUUUAUCAUUAGAAAACCCUUUUGCAAUUAUGUUAGCACAGCUGAAAACUAUUGUGCUGAUUAAAUAAGCAAUAAAACUGGCCUUCUUGAGACUAGUUGAGUAUCUGGAGCAUCAGCAAUUGUGGGUUCGAUUACAGGCUUAAAAUGGCCAGAAACGAAUAACUUUCUUCUGAAACUCGUCAGUCUAUUCUUGUUCUGAGAAAUGAAGGCUAUUCCAUGCGAGAAAUUGCCAAGAAACUGAAGAUCUCGUACAACGCUUUGUACUACUCCCUUCACAGAACAGCGCAAACUGGCUCUAACCAGAAUAGAAAGAGGAGUGGGAGGUCCCGGUGCACAACUGAGCAAGAGGAUAAAUAUAUUAGAGUGUCUAAUUUGAGAAACAGACGCCUCACAAUUCCUCAACUGGCAGCUUCAUUAAAUAGUACCCGCAAAACACCAGUCUCAACGUCAACAGUGAAGAGGCAACUCCGAGAUGCUGACCUUCUAGGCAGAGUUACAAAGAAAAAGCCAUAUCUCAGACUGGCCAAUAAAAAGAAAAUAUUAAGAUGGGCAAAAGAACACAGACACUGGACAGAGGAAGAUUGGAAAAAAGUAUUAUGGACAGACAAAUCGAAGUUUGAGGUGUUCACAAAGAAGAGCAUUUGUGAGAUGCAGACCAAAUGAAAAGAUGCUGGAGGAGUGCUUGAUGCCAUCUGUCAAGCAUGGUGGAGGCAAUGUGAUGGUCUGGUGGUGCUUUGGUGGUGGUAAAGUGGGAGAUUUGUACAGGGUAAAAGGGAUCUUGAAGAAGGAAGGCUAUCACUCCAUUUUGCAACGCCAUGCCAUACCCUGUGGACGGCGCUUGAUUGGAGCCAAUUUCCCCCUACAACAGGACAAUGACCCAAAGCACAGCUCCAAACUAUGCAAGAACUAUUUAGGGAAGAAGCAGUCAGCUGGUAUUCUGUCUAUAAUGGAGUGGCCAGCACAGUCAUCGGAUCUCAACCCUAUUGAGCUUGAGCUGUUGUGGGAGCAGCUUGACCGUAUGGUAUGUAAGAAGUGCACACCAAGCUAAUCCAACUUGUGGGAGGUACUUCAGGAAGCAUGGGGUGAAAUCUCUUCAGAUUACCUCAACAAAUUGACAACUAGAAUGCCAAAGGUCUGCAAGGCUGUAAUUGCUGCAAAUGGAGGAUUCUUUGACGAAAGCAAAGUUUGAAGGACACAAUUAUUUAAAUUACAAAUCAUUAUUUCUAACCUUGUCAAUGACUACAUGUCCUAUUCAUUUUGCUAUAUUUGCUAUUCAAACUCAUUUCAUGUAUGUUUUCAUGUAAAACACAGAUAUUUCUAAUUGACCCCAAACUUUUGAACGGUAGUGUAGGUAGGGGUAAAGUGACUAUGCGUAGAUAAUAAACAGCGAGUAGCAGCAGCGUAAAAAAGGGGGGAGGUCAAUGCAAAUACUCCGGGUAGCCUUAUGGCUUGGGGGUAGAAGCUGUUUAGAAACCUGACACCGCCUAGUAUAGAGGUCCUGGAUGGCAGGAAGCUUGGCCUCAGUGAUGUACUGGGCCGUACGCACUACCCUCUGUAGCGCCUUGCGGUCGGAGGCCGAGCAGUUGCCAUACCAGGCAGUGAUGCAACCAGUCAGGAUGGUGCAGCUGUAUAAGUUUUUGAGGAUCUGAAGACCCAUGCCAUAUCUUUUCAGUCUCCUGAGGAAUAGGCGUUGUCGUGCCCUCUUCACGACUGUCUUGGAGUGUUUGGACCAUGAUAGUUUGUUGGUGAUGUGGAGACCAAGGAACUUGAAGAUCUCAACCUGCUCCACUACAGCCCUGUCGAUGAGAAUGGGGGCGUGCUCGGCCCUCCUUUUGCUGUAGUCCACGAUCAUCUCCUUUGUCUUGAUCACGUUGAGGGAGAGGUUUUUGUCCUGGCACCACACUGCCGUCGGCAAACUUAAUGAUGGUGGUUAUCAAUGAUAAAUUAUGAAUUUUGUGUUGUUGUCAUUUGUAUUAGAGAGCUGUUGUGUAGUCAGUGUUAUUCUAAGUGAGCCCUGAAGACGUUGUGAGAAUGCUCUGGAGACAUUUCCAUCACAUUAACCUUUACUACAGCUGGGGGCAGGAGAGGAGGAAGGAGAGGAGCCAGAGAUGGUACAGACAUGGAGGAAGGAGAGGAGAGAGGGAUGGUACAGAUAUGAAGGAAGGAGAGGAGAGAGGGAUGGUACAGAUAUGAAGGAGAGGAGAGAGGGAUGGUACAGAUAUGAAGGAGAGGAGAGGAGAGAGGGAUGGUACAGAUAUGAAGGAAGGAGAGGAGAGAGGGAUGGACAGAUAUGAAGGAAGGAGAGGAGAGAGGGAUGGACAGAUAUGGAGGAAGGAGAGGAGAGAGGGAUGGUACAGAUAUGAAGGAGAGGAGAGAGGGAUGGACAGAUAUGAAGGAAGGAGAGGAGAGAGGGAUGGACAGAUAUGAAGGAAGGAGAGGAGAGAGGGAUGGACAGAUAUGAAGGAAGGAGAGGAGAGAGGGAUGGUACAGAUAUGAAGGAAGGAGAGGAGAGAGGGAUGGUACAGAUAUGAAGGAAGGAGAGGAGAGUGGGUUGGUACAGACAGGGAGGCUGCAUUGAUUCUGUCUCUGGAAAGCUAAGGGGCAUGUUAGACUUGAUAGUAAAUGUCAGUGGACAUCAGGUGCCCUAUUCUAUAGAUCUCAGGCGUGCGUGUGUGUGCGUGCGCGAGUGUAUGUGUGUGUGUGCGUGCCUUUUUUCAUGAAUGAAAGUCACAAAAUUAAACAAACACGUUCCCAAACCCUUAGAGAUUAAUCUGAACUCAGAUGGGGAGUGACAGUGACAAAUUCGGGAGAGGGCUAUAGACACAUGUAAAUAUCAGUAAACGUGAUGACACAUAUUUAAUCUCAGCCCCAUCGUGUCACACUGUGUGCUAUUCCCUUGUUUGGGACUGAUGAUUAAUAUGUAGAGCAAUAGUUUGUUUGAAGUCGUCACCAGUGAAGUAUGCCACUAUGAAUAAUGAAGAGUGAGCACUAUGUUUUAGUAAUGAUGCUUGUCCUUGUCUCUGUCCCUCCCUCUUUCCCCCCUAUAUUUUCUACUUUUCUUUCUGUCUUUCUUCUUGUGUUUCUCUCCCUUCUUCUCUUCACCUCUUGUCUUACUUGAUCCUCGUUCAUCCUCUCUUUCUCUCUCUCAGCCGGAGAUGGACUCCAGGGUGAACGGAGUGUCGUCCCCCAGCAUGCAAGAACAAGGGGCCCUCACCGAACACACAGGUCGGUUCAACACACAAACACACACACACACACACACACACAUACACCCACACACACAGUGUGCUAAACUGGUGUGUUUAUGUGUGUGUGUUUCAGAUGAGCUGUUGGACCACCCACACAACCGCAGCUCUGACCUGGCAGACAUCAUGGAACAGAUAAACCACACCUUCCCUGCAUGCAGUCGUAAGUCCUCUCCUUUAACUCAAACUCUUCCUCCCUCUCCUCCCAUCUUCCCUCUGUUUACCUCCCUCUCCUCUUCCAUUCUCCUCGCCUCCUCUCACUCACUACAGUGAGGGAAAAAAGUAUUUGAUCCCCUGCUGAUUUUGUACGUUUGCCCACUGACAAAGACAUGAUCAGUCUAUAAUUUUAAUGGUAGGUUUAUUUGAACAGUGAGAGACAGAAUAACAACAAAAAAAUCAAGAAAAACGCAUGUCAAAAAUGUUAUAAAUUAAUUUGCAUGUUAAUGAGGGAAAUAAGUAUUUGACCCCUCUGCAAAACAUGACUUAGUAUUUGGUGGCAAAACCCUUGUUGGCAUUCACAGAGGUCAGACGUUUCUUGUAGUUGGCCACCAGGUUUGCACACAUCUCAGGAGGGAUUUUGUCCCAUCCCUAAUAAUAAUAAUAAUAAUCCCUCUUUGCAGAUCUUCUCCAAGUCAUUAAGGUUUCGAGCUUGGCAACUCGAACCUUCAGCUCCCUCCACAGAUUUUCUAUGGGAUUAAGGUCUGGAGACUGGCUAGGCCACUCCAGGACCUUAAUGUGCUUCUUCUUGAGCCACUCCUUUGUUGCCUUGGCCGUGUGUUUUGGGUCAUUGUCAUGCUGGAAUACCCAUCCACAACCCAUUUUCAAUGCCCUGGCUGAGGGAAGGAGAUUCUCACCCAAGAUUUGACAGUACAUGGCGCCGUCCAUCGUCCCUUUGAUGCGGUGAAGUUGUCCUGUUCCCUUAGCAGAAAAACACCCCCAAAGCAUAAUGUUUCCACCUCCAUGUUUGACGGUGGGGAUGGUGUUCUUGGGGUCAUAGGCAGCAUUCCUCCUCCUCCAAACACGGCGAGUUGAGUUGAUGCCAAAGAGCUAGAUUUUGGUCUCAUAUGACCACAACACUUUCACCCAGUUCUCCUCUGAAUCAUUCAGAUGUUCAUUGGCAAACUUCAGACAGGCCUGUAUUUGUGCUUUCUUGAGCAGGGGGACCUUGCGGGCGCUGCAGGAUUUCAGUCCUUCACGGCGUAGUGUGUUACCAAUUGUUUUCUUGGUGACUAUGGUCCCAGCUGCCUUGAGAUCAUUGACAAGAUCCUCCCGUGUAGUUCUGGGAUGAUUCCUCACCGUUCUCAUGAUCAUUGUAACUCCACGAGGUGAGAUCUUGCAUGGAGCCCCAGGCCGAGGGAGAUUGACAGUUAUUUUGUGUUUCUUCCAUUUGCGAAUAAUCGCACCAACUGUUGUCACCUUCUCACCAAGCUGCUUGCCGAUGGUCUUGUUGCCCAUUCCAGCCUUGUGUAGGUCUACAAUCUUGUCCCUGACAUCAUUGGAGAGCUCUUUGGUCUUGGCCAUGGUGGAUAGUUUGGAAUCUGAUUGAUUGCUUCUGUGGACAGGUGCCUUUUAUACAGGUAACAAACUGAGAUUAGGAGCAUUCCCUUUAAGAGUGUGCUCCUAAUCUCAGCUCGUGGGAGCCAGAAAUCUUUCUGAUUGAGAGGGGGUCAAAUACUUAUUUCCCUCAUUAAAAUGCAAAUCAAUUUAUAACAUUUUUGACAUGCGUUUUUCUGGAUUUUUUGUUGUUAUUCUGUCUCUCACUGUUCAAAUAAACCUACCAUUAAAAUUAUAGACUGAUCAUUUCUUUGUCAGUGGGCAAACGUACAAAAUCAGCAGAGGAUCAAAUACUUUUUUCCCUCACUCGAUCUCUCACUCUAUGUCCCUCUUCUCUCAUUCUGUCUUUCCUUCUCCUCUCCUCUCUCUCCUCUUCUUCCUCUGCCCCUUGUUUUCUCAUUCUCUCCAUCAUCCUCCGCUCUACCUCACCUUUCUUCUACUCCUCCUCCUCCUCUCCCCUCUCUAUUCCAUUCCCACUCUUUCUCUCACUCAGCACUUAGCUAGUGUGUGUGUGGGUGGUGGUGUUGGGCUGGAGCAGGUUAUAUUCUUCACAGUAAAACAGUUGCUGUCCCUGUGGGGUUCCCUACUCUCCACUAGUCUUUAUUGUUUAAUUCAACAGUCAUGUCUUUGGAGCUGAAAAUAAAAGGCAAGCUAUGUCAUCUUCUCUGUUUAGAUGCAAUAUUGAUAAUGUGCAAAGUGACUGCAGUGAGGAGAGAAGUUUGAAACACUCUCACACAGUCAACUUAUACAUAGCGCCUAGAGCUUCUUCUGGCCAUGUGACCUGGCCCUAGGUAUCCAGUAAAAUUGAGGAAGAAAUACGCUCCAUGGGUAUCAUAAAAUGAGAAAAAUAGUGUUGGAUUAGUGAAUUACCUCAAAGUGACUUUAAAUUGCAUUUGAAUGAGUUGAAAAUCUAUCUGGAGUUUAGUUAAAAAUCUAUUAUAAUUUAGAGGGUGCUGCGGGGAUAUCAAUACUGGUUUACUGCUCACCUGGCAGGCAUAAUGGCUCAACGAUCUGAACAUCCAUCUCAACAACACUUAAAGAUAAUACUUAGCUUAUGACUGUGUGUAGGAGGGGCCCAUGUGCAGCUGAAGUUAGGCUUCAACCAAUCAGUUUUGAUGCAUGGAGUAAGGUUGCAAAGGGAGGGUAUAUUACUAGAAAUGUUCCAAGUUUACCAGUAAACUACCAGAAAUGUGGUAUCUUUCAAGGAUUUUAUGUCAUCUAUCUGAAGACAUCUAUUGGCACUUUAGGAUACUUCAGAUUUGUACAGGUGUCUGUAAUUAUCUCUGGCCCUAUGUGUGGCCUUAUCACAUGUCAAAUAUAUGAAAUUAUUAAAUAAGAUGAUUUUAAAAUUUAAAAAAUGAAUUACAAAGCUGUAAAACAUUAUCCUAACUAUAAACCAUCAUCUUAGUGAAAUAACAUCAAAUAUCCUUUAUAAAUUUUUAACACACUAUUUUACUAUGUCAGUAUGUAUUUGUUGUCAAUGUUUUGGCAUCAAACUGUUGGCAGUUGUGAAAAAAGUCAAUAGUUGGACGAGUUGCAGAUGUAACUGAAAAUAAUGAAAUGUUUUAUUAAAUGCUUUUUUCAUUAAUUAGUCUAUUUUCUCUUGAACGAUAAGGUCUAUCUACUAGAAACUCAUGGACAAUAUGGAGACCGAUAUAAAUUUUUUUUUAUGGAGACCUAUAUAUGAAUACAUGUUUUAAAUGUUUUUCAAGUACAAGUUACCAAAGUUACGGUAGAUUGCCAUAGAUUUUCUGUUAAUAACCAAAAUUACUGAAGAUUCCUGUACUACCGGUAGCUUUGCAACCCUAGCAUGGAGGUUGCAAAGAGUCAAUAUUGUGUUUUUUCUCACAAAGUUGUUUCUGUUUCUCUUGUAGCUUCAAGCCUCUCCUCGAGACCACAGGUAAGCUAUAUUUCCCAUCCACCUGCAUAUUGGCCGUUUCACUCAGGACCUGAGAAGAGUAAAUUACCUGGAGCUCAUUUCAUGAAGGUUAAAUGAGUGCAAAUGAAAAAAAAGGUAUACUGUUGCUAGCUACUUGGCAGGCAGUCCAACUGUUCAAGGAACUGAAUGUGUAAGAGAUUCAGCCACUCUCUGAAGGAAAAUGGCAGUUUGGUGCUUUUCAAGGGGUG